ACCAAAUAUUGUCUUUCAACCAAUUUUGUACUUGUUUAUUGUUAUUGUAUUGAUAUUGUGGUUAAUUCAGUAAAUAAGCGAUCAUGUCCGGUGUUAUAAAUAGGCCGAUGAGUCAAAUGAGGAAGAUGGAGGCGAAAGAGUCCCUCUUCCGGUCUCGCAAGCGGAUCCUUCGGUACCUGGUCCACAGCUACCUGAAAGCCGAAGGUCUGUUCCACGCAGCUGACACUAUGGCGGAGGAAGCAGGUCUUACUGCGGAGUACGAAGUUUGUGACAAUAUAGACCUGGAUAUCAUCAUGCAGGACUACACAAGUUACUACCUAUCCCGCUUCAACAAGCAGCCUCAGUUCCUUCGCCAGGUGUCGCCGCCGGCGCCCCGCAGGCCUCCGACGAGACAGGCGAGGCCAAGACCAGAGCCCGAGGCCCUUGGGCCUCUCGAGGCCUCGCUGCCUGAUGUUACGGUCACCCAGCUCGGUUUGGCUAAACAGGACUAUCAAAGCAUACCAGCCAUAGAACUGAAAUCCCUAUCAACAUUCCUGGCCCGGGCGUCUCCGGAAAAGAAGCAGCUGGUCGAAGACUUGUACCAGGAUAUCAUCAAGCCGGCGAAUGUUAGCUGGGAUGAUAUCAAGGGACUAGGGGAAGCAAAGAGCUUGCUGAUGGAGUCCGUUGUUUAUCCUGUCAGACACCCAGAAGUAUUCACUGGCCUCCUGGAACCCUGGCGCGGCGUUCUUCUACACGGCCCCCCGGGCACGGGCAAGACCCUGCUGGCGCGUGCCGUGGCCAACGAGAGCCGGUGCACGUUCUUCAACGUGCAGCCCAGCACGGUCGUCACCAAGUGGCGGGGGGACUCUGAACGGAUCGUGAAAGUACUCUUCGAAAUGGCGUCUUAUUACGCUCCCUCAAUAAUCUUCAUCGAUGAGGUAGAGACACUGGCCUCAGAGCGGUCCAUGCCGGGCGAACACGAGGCCUCACGGCGACUGAAGGCUCAACUCCUGACUGAGCUGGAUGGAGUGAGCGAGAGGGAAGGCAUCGUGUUCCUGCUCGCUAACUCUAACAUGCCAUGGGACAUCGACCCAGCCAUGCUGCGUCGCCUAGAAAAACGUAUAUACAUCCCCCUGCCAGACCACAAGACUAGAGCUGAGCUGUUCUCACUGUUCCUCGGUCCUGACGCGGCGCCGUACCUCACCGAUCUGGCCACGAGAACCGAGGGGUAUUCGGGCAGCGAUGUGAAAUUGGUGUGCAAGGAGGCGCUCAUGGCAGGCGUUAGGAUGAUGCUACCCAAUAUGGGGAAAGGAGACAAACACCAACACAAAAACCGUCUAGACCUCGCCGUCAUCUUGACGGCCAUAAACAAGACGAAACCAGUCUCCAGGAACUUGAGCAAGAGGCACGAGGCAUGGCAGAACGAGACAGGCUGCUCGUGAUCGGAAUUAAGUCUUAUUGCGUACUGAUAAAACACAAAUUUGGUCGACUACCAUAUAAUCUCUAACUGGAGUGUUUACUGUUUGUUUUAUUUAGCGCCACUUGCACCAUUCCACUAACCCGGGGUUAACCGGUUAAACCUGGAGAAGCCAUGGUUACCAGUACAAUUUGACACUGGGUUAACGGUUUAACUGCUUAACCCCAGGUUAGUGGGAUGGUGCAAGUGGGCCUUAAACAUUUAAAUUGCGAAUUAGAGCAAGAGGCACGAGGAAUAGCAGAGCGAGACAGGCUGCUCGUGAUCGGAAUGAAGUCUUAUUGCGUGCUGAUAAAGUACAAAUUUACUCACCUACUGUCUAGCUGGUGUGUUUACUGUUUGUUUUAUUUACAUUUAAAUUGCGAAUUAGAGCAAGAGGCACGCGAGGAAUGGCAGAAAGAGACAGGCUGCUCGUGAUCGGAAUUAAGUCUUAUUGCGUACUGAUAAAGUACAAAUUAGCUCAAUACCA